AUGCUAUCGCUUUAUGAGCUUUUGAGUGUACCUUCAGAUGCCUCUACAGAUGAAAUAAAACAAGCGUACAAACUCAAGCUACUAAACACUCACCCGGAUAAAGCUCGUACCCUGGAGGAGGUACCAGUGAAUAUUGCUUUGAUAGUAGAUGCUUACAAAAUACUAUCGAAUCCUGAUACACGAGUAGAGUACGACCAACAAUUAGAACUUAACUUAAAGGGGAAAGGAUUCAACAUCGCCGGAGGCGGUCUCGAUGUGUAUAAUCUUGAUGAUUUUACAUGUAAGGAUGAUAGUUUUGUGAAAACAUGUCCGAGGUGCGAAUACAUUGAUGGUUUUGUGUUAACUGAAGCAAAUCUUGAAAAUGGCACACUCAAUGCGGACGGUGGCGACACCACCGACAUCGAGCAAAGCGACACUAUCAAGCAACACCCGACACUAUCGAGCAACACCACCGACACUAUCGAGCAAAGCGAGAUAGUGGAGCAACACCCGAUAUUAUCGAGCAAAGCGAUACUAUCAAGCAACACCCGACACUAUCGAGCAAAUCGACACUACCGUGCAAAGCGACACUAUCGAGCAACACUUUGUAGCGAUACUAGUAAUGACACCAUCGAGCAACACUUUGUAGCGAUACUAGUAAUGACACCAUCGAGCAACACUUUGUAG